UCAUUCACCCUUUAUUUUAGCAAUGGCACCAAGUAAUCGUAAUGGAGCUUCUCUAUUUACCAUUUUCUCUGUGUUCGUUGUUUUGUCUCUUUUGGUCAUAGCCAAUUGUGACGUUGAUAAUGGUGAAAAAUACAAAGGAUUGGAGAUAAGAGAACAAACCAAGGAAAUAUUGAAUGGAGUUGAAAUGAUGAAGUUUGGCCGAAAACUUGCAAAACCAACAUGCGUAGAAAGGGCUUGCGGCUUUGUUAACCCCAAUGUUAAUUGCUUUUGUUGUAAUCCUUACUCAUGUUAUGAUACUAAAGAAGAGUGUGACAAAGUAUGUCAUUAAGCGUAGUUUUAUAUGAAGUGUGACUUCAAAAUAAUUAAAUAAAAGAGCUAUUUAUUAUUUUA